UAAUGCCUGAUAUAAAUUAAACAAGUGGAUUAAUUUAUUUGUGUACGUUUAAAAAUAGGUAUUCAAUUUGAUUAUUACUGCAAUAGCCAUUUAAAAUAUUUCUCAUGCUCUGCAGUGGCUCUUUGUUGUUGUCAAAAGAGUGCAGACAAGUUACUGCUCUAGAAAACUGUACGUUCUUAGUACGUUUGUUUCUUUUUUUACGAUAAGCAUUUCAAAUUUAGGUUUUAAACGGAUUUGUUAUACCAUUUCCAUUCUGAUAAUUAACUCCCCAUUCAAUAAAUAAUUAUGUUUUACCUAAAUCUAUAAUUAAAAGUACCCCUCACGAAAUACUACUGAAGUUUAUACUUAGCCGUAUCUUUUUAAAUAAGUAAUUAUAUUCGUUGACGCCUCCUCUGUAUAACUAUGUAGUCAUGUUUAUGACGAGCCAUACGACACGAUAGUUUACAGCACGAAGUGUGGAAAUUUUAAACUAUCCACUGGUAUCCCUAUUUAUAGCUAGCAACACUGCAUGCCUAUGUCAGCCAUUAUGUUUUUUCGUGCAAUACGAUACGAUUUGUGUCUUAAAGAAAUUAAAAUAUCUAGUGAAUUAAUAAUAAAAAUGAACAGAAGAAAAUUGAAGAAGUUACUGGAUAUACUCGACGACGAUUCGGAUGAAGCCCCUCGAAAAGGUCGAAAAAAUACAAUAAUAAGCUCAAGUGAUGAGGAGGAAGAGCCGCCUAAGAAGAAAAGGAGGCGUAUUUUGCCAAUUGAAGAAUCUGAUGAUGAACAAGCAGAUGAAGAAAAAGAGAACAUCUUGCUGUUAAUUGGAGAGCCAGAUAUGAAAAAGAAUGUUAUUUCCAUCAACCCAAAAUUGGCGGAACUAUGGCAGAAUAUUAUACAGAAAGGUUUGAAUAAAGAAGGCAAAAAGAAGUUAGAAGAAAAAAUUCCUUCGAUAGAAAACUGCUUUGUACAAGCACCAAAACUAAAUGAAGAAAUCGAAAUUACCUUAAAUAAAAGCGCCAAAACCAGGGAUGAGAAACUAUGUGAAAAACAAAAUCAGAUCGGAUUGGUUAUCGCUAAUUUAAAUAAGAUAUUAAAAGACCUCAUAAAUAAGAAUGAGAAAGACUAUGUCGAGCCGCUGGGGGACUCCAUUAGAUUACUAGCAGACCUCCAUUUUCUAGAAACGGAAACCAGAAAGGCAGUCAUUCUACCCGGCUUAAACAAAACACUUAAGGACACCUUGGAAAAGACCCAAACUACUACAUUCCUUUUUGGAAAUGACUUACACAAAAUAAUUAAAAAGUCUAAAGAUCUGGAAAAAUCCAUCAAAGAUAUGCAACAAAAUAAAACUUUAAACUAUUGGAGCCCGUCCUCCACCAACAACCAAAUGCAGGGCGGGCCAAGAAAAAAUUACUUAAGCAAAAUAAGGACAUACCAAAGAAAUUAUUACCGGACAACAGCAGCAGCAACAGCAGUCGGUCAUCCACCCCGGAGAACUCAAAGACAGUGGUCGCCUCGUCGUCAAACUCGAGGCAGACGUCACCACCUCCACCGCAACAAGAAAUAGCCGAGGUAUGUGUGGCUGGACGACUCACAUAUUUCUUUGACAAGUGGGCCAAGUAUAUUAAUAACAAAACAGUUCUAGGAUGGAUUCAUAGAGGUUAUAAAAUACCUUUAACAUCAACACCUCAACAGAAAUAUAUACCAAAAAAUGAUAAGUUUACUUAUACCGAAAAACAAAUAAUUCAUGACUCAUUGAAUAAAUUAUUGAAAAUAGGGGCAGUAAAAUACUGUAAACCUGUAAAAAAUCAAUAUUUAUCAAAAAUAUUUUUUGUACCAAAACCAAAUGGAACAGCUCGAUUUAUCUUAAAUCUAAAAUCUUUUAAUAAAUAUGUAGUUACACAACACUUCAAAAUGGAAGAUAUUAGAACUGCCAUUAAAUUAAUCAACAGGGAUUCUUACCUUGCUUCCAUAGAUCUUCAGGAUGCUUACUUCUGUUUAAGAAUUCACAGAAAUUCCAAAAAAUAUUUAAGAUUUCUUUUUGAUAACAAAAUGUACGAAUUUCAGGUACUUCCAUUUGGUCUUUCGUCUGCUCCUUAUGUCUUCACCAAGUUGAUAAAACCUAUAAUAACUUGCCUCAGAGAACAAGGUCUACUUUCAGUCAAUUAUUUGGAUGAUUUUUUAUUUAUUGGGAACUCCCAGGUUGAAUGCGCUAAUAAUAUUUUAACCAGCCAAAACUUAAUAGAAUCAUUGGGUUUUAUAAUAAAUAAAGAGAAAAGUAACUUACAUCCCUCAAAGCAAUGUAAAUUUUUAGGUUUCGUUUUAGAUUGUUCCAAGUAUUCUAUAUCAUUACCAAACGAAAAACGCACCAAUAUAUAUAAUAAAAUAAAAUCAUUCAUCCGCCUCAAACAUACCACUAUAAGAUCUUUUGCAUCCCUAAUUGGUAAUUUAAUAUCAAUUUGCCCUGCUGUUCCAUAUGGCCUAAUGUAUACAAAACGAUUGGAACGCCAUAAGUUUCUUCAUCUUAAAAAGAAUGACAAUAAUUUUGAGUCAAAAAUGGCACUUACUUAUGAAGUAAAAGAAGAUUUAAAAUGGUGGAAAAAACAUGUCUGUUUGGCUAGUAAUCCUAUUAGAGAAGGUAUUCACAAAAUUGAGAUAUUCACAGACUCUUCUCGAACUGGCUGGGGUAUUGUAUGUGGUUCUAAAAAGUUACAUGGUUUUUGGAAUAGAGAGGAUAGGAAGUCACACAUAAAUUAUUUAGAAUUAAAAGCUAUCUAUUUUGGCCUACAGUGCUUUGCUAAGAAUUUAAGAAAUUGUGAAAUUUUAUUGCGUUGUGACAACACAACUGCAAUAUCAUACAUCAAUUGAUAUGGAGGGAUUAAGUACAAGCAUUUAAAUGAUCUUACCCGUCAAAUAUGGAAAUUUUGUGAAUUAAGAAAAUUAUUUAUAUAUGCUUCUUAUAUAGCUUCUAAAGAUAAUUACAUAGCAGAUAAAGAAUCAAGAAAUACUAAUGAACAAACUGAAUGGCAGCUUUGCAAUAACGCAUUUAACAAAAUCAAAUUAAAAUUUGGAUGCCCAACUAUUGAUUUAUUUGCAUCAAGAGAAAAUGCCAAAUGUAAAAGGUUUAUUUCCUGGCAUAUAGAGCCUAAUUGCUGGGCAGUAGACGCUUUUACCGUUUCAUGGACAAAUUUAAAAUUUUAUGCUUUCCCGCCAUUCUCUCUUAUUUUAAAAUGUUUAAAGAAGAUUGAAAUUGAUAAAGCAGAAGGAAUAAUGGUAGUCCCUUUAUGGCCAUCUCAAGCUUGGUUUCCUAUAUUCAUGUCUUUAAAAAGGUCACCCAUAUUGAAAUUUUACCCAAAUAGGUCAUUGUUAUCAUCUCCUUUCAGGGACCACCAUCCACUACACCAGAACCUUACACUGAUUGCCGCAGUAUUAUCAGCAAAAUCUACUUAAGAAAAGGAUUAACCCGUGAAAGUAUCAAUAUAAUUUUAAAUUCAUUAUCAGAUAAUACAAUAAAACAAUAUAAUACAUGUUUAAAACAAUGGUGGGAAUAUUGUAGUGUUCAAGCAAUUGACCCUUUUAAAAUGUCAAUUCCAAAUAUUCUUGGUUUUCUGACCCAAAAAUUUAAUAAUGGUUCAGCCUAUGGAACUCUUAACUCUAUUAGAUCAGCUUUGUCACUGCUUAUUGAUUGUGAUUUAGGUGCACAUAAAGAUAUUAAAAGAUUUUUUACUGGUAUUUACAAAAUGAGACCAAACAAUCCAAAGUAUAAUGAAACUUGGAACCCAGUUUUAGUUUUAAAUUAUGUGUCAAACUUAUAUCCUAAUACAGACCUUGCAUUACAAAAUUUGUCUAAGAAGUUAAUCAUUCUAUUAGCCCUAGUCACUGCUCAUAGACUACAAACUAUGUCACUCAUAAAGUUAAGUAAUAUAAAUAUCACAGAUGAAAAUGUAAAAAUUAAAAUUUCUGACAAGAUUAAAACUUCAGGAAGGAAUAAGUUACAGCCGUUGCUAAUAAUCCCAUAUUAUAAAGAAAAUUUGAGUAUUUGUCCAGCUACAGCUUUAAAAGACUAUAUUGAUGCCACAAAAUCAUUAAGAAAAUCUGAUCAAUUAUUUGUGACAGUUAAGAAACCCCAUACACCAGCUUCAACUCAAACGUUGGCAAGGUGGGUUAAAGAUAUUUUAUCUGAAGCCGGUAUAGAUAUAUCUAUAUUUAGUGCUCAUAGCACAAGACAUGCGUCGACCAGCCACGCAUAUAGGAAUGGGGUGAAUACUGAAUAUAUUUUAAAAACAGCUGGUUGGACAGAAUCAUCUAGGUGUUUUGCUGAUUUUUAUAAUAGACCUUUAAUAAAUGAAAAUGUUUUUUCAACCAGCAUUUUAAGCAGUUUGUAAAUUAGUAAUUUUCAAUUUACAGUUUGGCAAUGCAUAUGAUCAUAUGUAACUUUUAUCAAUAAAUAAUUAAAAUAUAGCAA